GGCUUGUGAAAUCGUCGCACUUGUGUCGUCGAUUCCGCGGCGUCGUCGCUUGUAGCGCGUGUCAUUUCCGGGCGGCCUAGAACGGGGUAGCAAACGGCCGGCCGAGCAUCAUGCCCAAGUUUUAUUGUGACUACUGCGAUACAUACCUCACCCAUGACUCUCCAUCUGUGAGAAAGACACAUUGCAGUGGUAGGAAACACAAAGAGAAUGUGAAAGACUACUAUCAGAAAUGGAUGGAAGAGCAGGCUCAGAGUUUGAUUGACAAAACAACGGCUGCAUUUCAACAAGGAAAAAUACCUCCUACCCCAUUUUCUGCUCCUCCUCCAGCAGGGGCGAUGAUCCCGCCUCCCCCCAGUCUCCCGGGUCCUCCUCGCCCUGGUAUGAUGCCAGCACCCCAUAUGGGGGGUCCUCCUAUGAUGCCAAUGAUGGGCCCUCCUCCUCCUGGGAUGAUGCCAGUGGGACCUGCUCCUGGAAUGAGGCCACCCAUGGGAGGCCACAUGCCAAUGAUGCCUGGGCCUCCCAUGAUGAGACCCCCUGCCCGUCCUAUGAUGGUGCCCACUCGGCCAGGAAUGACUCGGCCUGACAGAUAAAGACAGAAGGCAGCCUCUUUGUAUCGUUUUUCUAUUACUUCACCAGGAGGUCAGGUGCUGUGACUCUGGGUGUCUCCUAACAGCACAAGGAAGACUUGUUAUCCCUUUCUAUCAAAGAGAAAAUAGUGUUGAAGUGGAGUAGUGGACAAAAAAAAAAAAUGUACUGCGACAUGUGAAAAUAAAAUUGUCAGCUCUUUUAGUUAAACAUGUGUUCCCUUUUUUCUCCUGUGUAUUCAUGUACUAUAAAGGAAAUGAAAUAU